AUGACGAAUCCAAGCAAAUUGGUAUUGGCGGCAGAUGCAUCUCCGUAUGGGGUGGGGGCUGUGUUGAGCCAUGUGCUGGCAAACGGCAGGGAAGCGCUGAUUGCUUCCUACUCUCGGACACUCACCCUGGCCGAGAGGAACUACGCCCAAAUCGAUAAGGAGGGGAGUUGCUCAAAAAGCCUAGAAGCGGCUCCUUUUUCUUUUUUCCCCUCCUUUUUUUUGAGGGGGGGGAUUUACUCAUCUGUUCUUUCUUGCCCUGCUUCCGUUUUCCUGGGUUGCAACCUCUCCUGUCACAAGAAAUGUGAAGCCAAGGCUGCCACGGCUUGCAUGCCUUCAGGCAAUCAUGAGCUGCCAUCCACUGAAGAGAGUCCUGCAAAGCAUGUAGAUACCCCGGUGUCCUCAAAAUCACCCAAAAUUGUGCAGUCACGCCGUAAACCCUCAAGGAGCUUGAGCCUAUAUCAGGCCAUGGAGGACACUUGUGAACUAGACCUGGUGUAUGUCACAGAGCGAAUAAUUGCUGUCGACUUUGCAAGUUCUGCGGAAGAGCAGACCUUCCACAGCAACCUGAAGGAAGAAGAACAAAUGCUUAAAUCCAAGCAUGGGGACAGUUACCUGCUUUUUAACCUGUCAGAAAGGAGGCAUGACAUCAGCAAGCUCCACUCCAAGGUGCUGGAUUUUGGAUGGCCUGACCUGCACACACCUGCUCUGGAGAAGAUAUGCAGUGUCUGUAAAGCCAUGGAUACGUGGCUCAAUGCUGAUCCUCAUAACGUUGUGGUCCUCCACAAUAAGGGGAACAGAGGCCGGACAGGAGUUGUUAUCGCUGCAUACAUGCAUUACAGCAAUAUUUCGGCCAGUGCGGACCAAGCUCUUGACAGGUUUGCCAUGAAAAGGUUCUAUGAAGACAAAGUUAUUCCAGUGGGGCAGCCAUCACAGAAGAGAUACGUCCAUUACUUCAGCGGUCUGCUAUCUGGCACUAUCAAAAUGAACAACAAGCCACUUUUCCUGCACCACGUCAUCAUGCAUGGAAUUCCCAACUUUGAGUCUAAAGGAGGAUGCCGGCCUUUCCUCAAGAUAUACCAGGCUAUGCAGCCUGUCUACACAUCUGGAAUAUACAACGUGCAAGGAGACAGUCAGACCAGCAUCUGCAUCACCAUAGAGCCCGGACUGCUCCUGAAAGGAGAUAUCUUGCUGAAAUGUUACCACAAAAAGUUCCGUAGCCCAACCCGGGAUGUGAUCUUUCGCGUUCAGUUUCACACUUGUGCUAUUCACGACCUCGCCAUUGUCUUCAACAAGGAGGACUUGGACGAUGCUUUUAAAGAUGAGCGUUUUCCUGAGUAUGGGAAAGUGGAGUUUGUGUUUUCCUAUGGUCCAGAGAAGAUUCAAGGCAUGGAACAUCUUGAGAAUGGCCCCAGUGUUUCUGUAGACUACAACACCUCAGAUCCACUCAUCCGCUGGGACUCAUAUGAAAACUUCAACAUACGUCAUGAAGACAGCUUGGAGGAGGUUGGGCACACCCAAGGGCCGCUGGACGGGAGCCUCUAUGCGAAGGUGAAGAAGAAAGACUCACUCCACAGCAGCACGGGUGCUGUCAACGCCAACCGCAUCGCACUCUCGGCAGCCCCGAAUCACAUCGAGCACACUCUCUCCGUUAGCAGUGAUUCUGGCAACUCCACUGCUUCCACCAAGACUGACAAGACUGAUGAACAGGCAGUACCUGCAGUCCCCAGCAGCAGUGGAGGAAACAAUCCUAUACUGACUCCUGAGGAGAAGCAGGAGCUCGAGAGCUUGCUCAGUGGCUUUGGUUUGGAAAACGAAGCCACCAUGCACAACCACAAUCCCAGCGGAGGAACAGUAAUGACCUCCACUGCGUCUGGACGCCAUGUCGUACCUGCUCAAGUGCAUGUUAAUGGAGAAGCUGCAAGCUUGGUAGCCGAGAGGGAAACGGACAUUUUGGAUGAUGAGUUGCCCAACCAGGAUGGGCACAGUGUUGGCAGUCUGGGCACCCUCUCGUCUUUUGACGGCACCACCAACACUAGUGACAUGGGCUAUCAUGAGGCCCCCCGGAUGGAGAGCCUUUCCUCUUUACCCAAUGGUUCAUCCAAUUUCAAUGGUAUAGACAAGCUGCGUGAUUCGGAGACCGUUAUCAAUGGUGACUACCCCUACAAUAACCAGAACAACUUGCGGAGCAUGAUGGGGCGUCACCCCCAAGAUCCAUAUGGGCACAUUCAACCUUCAGUGUCUGCCCAGGAAAACUUAGCAGACUAUUAUCAGCGUGGUUUCCCCACUCCUGGCUGGCUGCAACCCCAGCCACUAGCCUCCACCCAACAGUAUCCCUACAGCUAUGACCCAAAUGGCAUCUAUCGCUCCCAAACCUUCCCCACUGCUACUGCUGAGACCCCUCAGCUUCCUCAAGCACCUGCACGGAGCAUGAGUAGUCGAGAAGCUGUCCAGAGGGGACUGAACUCAUGGCAGCAGCAAAGCGGAAGCCGGCCCCCAUCCCGUCCGCAAGAUGGCACCCUAGAAAGCCUAAGCCCUAGCUUCUCUAGUGCAAGCCCUCAGCCUAGCCCCUUGCAGAUAGCACCCCCCCAAAGCAUCAGCAUUCCUGAAUUCCCCAGGGUGGCGUCCCAGAAGGAAAUAGAGCAGUCGAUUGAGGCCCUCAACAUGCUUAUGCUUGAUCUAGAUCCCACUGUCUCUAUGAUGCAAAAAUCUCAGAGUGUUCCAGUGGCCGCCAGAAAUGACAAGCCAUGCCCAAUGGCUCUCUCGAUGUCUGCUCAGCCUGUGGCUGGUCCUCAAGUGGUGCAGCCAAGGUCUACCAGUGCUUUUGGACCCAUUCCAGGAAGCCUUACACACCUCUCCACUGGCACCAGUGUGUCCCAGCUGCCUGAACCUGUACCUAAAACUCAUCCCAGAAGACUGUUGCUCCAAAAUUCCAGAGAGCCGGAGUACCCGGCACAGGAUUACAGGGAGGCCUACUUGCCCUAUGGCUAUCAGAGCCAACCGCCAAGUGUAACACGAGCAGGGAGUUAUGGUCAAGCUGCCGGAAGCCCUCCUGUAUCUCCCAGGCCUCAUGUGAUGGCCCACAAGCCCGUGGAAGGGCAGCAUCCCCUGCUUACAUCCCCUGUAUCCCCAACAAUGGUGGAAGCCCAGAUACCAGUAAAGGAUGCGGAAGAUAAUGAAGAGCCCUCUCGACCCUCAGAGGAAGAGCCUUUGCACCUUGAAGGGCUGGUGGCCCACAGGGUAGCAGAGUACAACGCCAAACUCCGGGACAUCCGGAAGAGCAUGAAAAGCCCCCAUCCUCCUCUUCACCGACAGCGAUCCUUCUCCUUUUCUGGUAUACAGUCACCACGGGAGAAGUCACCAGAAGAAACUGAAGGCCCUAUGCGGAGACGGACCACCAGUGAAGGCCAGUAUGAGAACAGCCCUCAGGAUCCCAGUUCACCAAGAAGCCCUACUGUUCGCUCACCAGUUCACUAUGUCUCACCAGAGGUGGUCAGCACCAUCUCUGCCAAUCCCGGAGGAAGGCCCAAGGAGCCCCAUCUCCACAGCUACAAGGAGGCCUUUGAAGAAAUGCAGCAGACCUCUCCAAGCAGCCCACCUUCUAGUGGUGGUGAGACCUCUCCCCCAACCCCUGCCUUUCCUGUCUCACCACAAACCCCUUACAGUAACUUGUUGCGUUCUCCACCAGGUCUGGCCAAAACUCCACUCUCAGCACUAGGCCUGAAACCCCACAACCCAGCUGAAAUCUUACUGCAGCAGACAGGAGAGCCCCGGAGUUAUGUGGAGUCUGUGGCUCGUACAGCAGUAACAGGCGAUGGCGGCAGCACUAAUGGGAAGCCUCAGGCAGCCCCAGCUCCACAGCUUUACGACUCGGGGACACCACUGAGGGAUGGAUCCUUCGCCAACUCCUUCACUUCCUCAAGCCCUGUUGCUGCUAGCAGCCCCCUGCACAGCCCUGAUGGGAUCUCUGUAUGUAGCUACCCUUCGGAGAAAAGUACUCACAGAAUGGCCAUGUAUCCGCCCUCAGCUGAGUCCAGCUUCCAAUCCACCAACCUUUCUCAGGCGCCAUCAGUGCACAGCAGCUACCAAAAUACCUCUUCUUCAAGUCAGGGUCUCCCAGUCUACGCGAGUGCUGACUUUCCUGAAGGCCAAGCCAGCUCUCAGCAAGAUAGCUAUCCAAGUCCUCAACCUCAAGUCAAUGUGGUUGGAGUCACACAUGGAAGCCCCCAGUCACUCCAUAGAACAAAUACUCCCCCGAGCCCAAGUUUGGGGCGAAGAGCUGUUAACACCAACAUGGUGGCCACCCCUGGAAGCCCAAGUAUGAACAGGCAGUUAAUGGGUACCCAUGGCAACCUUAUUGCAACACCUGGGAGCCCAAGCCUUACUCGGCACCAGCCUAUAAUAGGAGGCACCACAUCCACAGUCUCUGGGAGUCCCAGCUUGGAUCAACACAUUAUAUAUGGGUACCCAACCCCAGAGGAGAAGCGCCCAACACUGUCUCGCCAAAGCAGUGCCUCAGGUUUCCAAGCCCCCUCUACCCCAUCUUUCCCUGUCUCUCCAGCAUAUUACCAUGGAAUUAGCAACCCACACACCUCUUCCCCUGAUUCAGCAGUAUAUAGGCAGGGCAGCCCCACCCCUCCUCAACCAGUGCUCCCAGAGAAGAGGAGGAUGUCGUCGGGGGAUCGGUCAAACAGCCUGCCUAACUAUUCUACAGUUAAUGGCAAGACCUCUUCGCCCAUCUCCAGUGGCAUGUCUAGUCCCAACAGUGGGAGCAGCAUGGCCUUUCAUCACACCCUGCCAGAUUUCUCCAAGUUCUCAAUGUCAGACAGCAGCCCUGAGACCCGAGCGAACGUGAAGUUUGUCCAGGAUACCUCCAAGUACUGGUAUAAACCAGAGAUCUCCAGAGAACAAGCCAUUACAUUGCUGAAAGACAAGGAACCUGGGGCCUUCAUCAUUCGAGACAGCCACUCUUUUCGGGGAGCCUACGGAUUGGCCAUGAAAGUUGCUUCUCCACCUCCUGGUGUGGUGCAACAGAGUAAGAAAGGAGAUAUCACCAAUGAGCUAGUAAGGCACUUCUUGAUAGAAACAAGCCCCAGAGGUGUGAAAUUAAAAGGAUGUCCCAACGAGCCUAACUUUGGUUGCCUGUCAGCUCUGGUAUACCAGCACUCCAUCAUACCUCUGGCUUUGCCUUGCAAGCUGGUCAUUCCUGACAGAGACCCCAUGGAUGAAACAAAAGAGACAACUUCAUCCAGCAACUCAGCGAUAGACUUGUUCAAACAGGGAGCAGGCAAGUAG